GAGCUAAGGUGCAGCUUCUCAGGCUAAAACUAUCGAGAAUUACCAACAUUUCUUCGAGUUGGAGGUAAGAGUAGACAGACAUCUUUAACUCAUGAAAGCAAGUGAAUUAGCAUAACUUACGCUGUCGCGGUAAAGCCCAAGCACUUCAGCGUCAUGUUGAAGUUACACCAAAUGCGAAGCUACUGAGCACAAACAACGGGGAGUGAUUUUUUGUAUGUACGGCUUCAUUGUGAGCUGUCCAUGACUUAAACAAUAAAUAAUCCAGCAAAUCUCUUAACAUUUUUAAGGCUAGGCUCGCUUAUUAAUUGGUAAUAGAAUGCUUAAGCUGGCUUGUUCGGUUGUUUGUGGUAAACAGCGCUAGUUUCCAACUAUAGCACUGGGAAGGUACCAAGAUAAAGUUGUCUGCCCAUUCACUACCCGAGUUCGCCGCCUGCCACUACUGUGGCACUAGUUGUGUGCCAAUUUGCCAUUUCGAUUUUGGGUAGAAAUAGGAACAUUAGAUCAAAGAAACAAUUAGACGAACGAUACAAGAUCUAUAAGUUUCGUCUAGAAAUGCUUCCAAAAUGUCUUGAAAGAUAAUAAAUUAAAACAAAGUGACCCCUUUCUGAGAGGUCACCAUAUGUUGCAAUUAUCGCAUUAGAUAUCUGUCUGGAUUGGACAAAACAUGGCUAUAAAAAUUUUACCGAGUCUUGUAAUAUAUUUUUUCCUUGUUAUUUUUUAUGUAUUUAUUUUUACCGAAUAUUACCCGAAUACAUACGCUGCAGUGAUAGAUUGUCAUGAAAUUCUCGCUGGCCAUUAACCUAACCAGCCCCUCCCUCCCCCCUCCCCCCCUCCCCCCCCGCCAAAAAAAAAAAAAAAAAAAAAAAAACUUUUCAUACCUUCCAUAAUUCUUUCUGUGUGUCAGUUUGAAAUCAGCACGCGUAUUAGAUUGACCUCGACUCUCGUAGUGGGUUGUCUUGGAAUACUUUUGGCUGCCUCGAGGAAAGGUUUUCCGGAAGGCAUCAUUAGCUAGCCUUAUGAAGGAACACGUCUUACGAUUGGCAAAAUCUGCUAGGUGUAAUAUCUUCUCGCAUCUCGUCUCAUUUAGCUACAAGGGUGAAAGACUGAUUUCGGGCUUGAGACGGAAAGAUUGGAUAUUGCAAGAUUUAAUUGUUUUAAGUUCUAAGAGAGAAAUCUAUUUGGCGAGAUGGAAAUUGAUGCUGACUUCUGACCAGGCCAAAGCUAAGACUCCAUGGCCGGAAGCUCCAUGUCCCCUUUUCAACCGUUGAUUUACAUCCGUUAUCUUGAAUAAAUCGACUGUGUAAGUCGAGACAAGUUUUGAAGCAACGAUUUAUGAUAUAAGCUAAUGACUGUAAGCUGUAUUUCAUUCGACUUAGACGUCAAGUUGUUAAAAUGCACUUAAAAUUUCUUUAGCCACGGUUUGGCAGAUCCACACAGAUACAAGCUUAUGUAAUGAUGAUUAAAUGAGCGUUUUAGGUACAUUUUAUUGGCAGAUGUUAUAAAAUUUAACUGCCAUUUUUGCCUUAAGUUAAGCUCAUCUCAACACCUUAACUGUGUAAAUUUUGUUAAGCUCAAUCGGUGGCGGUGAGGCAGUGGAUUUUGGCCAGUAGAACCAAUGGCCAAUAGCCUUAAAGAGCUCAGACAUCGGAAAUGAAACUCCUGGUUCUGGAAAGGAGGUAGGAAAUGGAAUCAGAAAUCUUAAUUAGAUCUCGAUCCCGAGGUUAAAGUCUGUUUUCGGAUUCGAUAUUGGUAGGCAACAAAAUACCCCAGAAGAAUUAUGAACGGUAUUUUAAGCCACAUAAAAUAGCGACAAAACAGCAUGGGUCGAAAAUUUCAAUACGAACACUGUACAUACUAAGACUUAGAAUGAAAUAGCUUGCAGUGUCAAAUUCAAGUUAUUGCUAAAAUAAUUUUCACAUAAGCUCGUUCCUAUGCGUUCAGCCCAUCUCACUACUAUUUAUGAGCUGCGCAUGCUAGGGAAAUCGCUGUCAAAAUCGCUCUUCCCGCUCUCGUUUGAAUUGUUUUUAGUGAAAAAGGGUUCGGUAGGGAACACACGACUUUUACUUCCAGCCAAAAUGCUGCUAGUUCCAGCAAAUUUAAAACGUGAUUUUUGCCGCUUGUUUCACACUGAGAGGUUAUGACACGUACAUUUGCGACACGUAGAUAUAUAUAUAUUUUUAGCAACUAAUAUAAUUUGCAGUCUGUCUACCUUGAAUUGAUUUUCCACAGUGGUUUUUGUUUAUAGUUGGCAGGAUUUGCCCUCUGAUGCAAGAACAUUUUCUGUAACCUCUUUUGAAACGCAAAGCUCUUUAUUGCGGCUAAAUAAGGGUUGUAAGAAUAUUUUUCCGGCCCAGGUUUAGUAGCCUUAUUUUGCUGCCUAUUUUGAGCCGAAAAUAUUCAAAAUAUUCAAAAAAGAAAAUAUACAAAUGUGUGACCAACUGUUCAUAUUGUGGGGUGUGUUCGAGCAACUUGCUCGUGGGUAAUGCUUUGGUAUAACUGAACCUACAUGGUUGUGAUCGGCAAGAAGCUACAAACCAAUGAAAACCUAAAACGCUAUAGUUACCAGGCCCAAACAGGAACUCCAACGAGACUAAUGAACCAAAGUCAGCUCUAACAUCAUAAACACGACCACCUACUGUAAACUAACAUCUGAUAAUGGCAAGCGAAAAAUAUUCCCAAAAUGGCAAUAAGUAAAUUCGCGAGCUAAGCAGAAACUUAUUCCAAGGACAAGUAAAAACAAAAGAUCAAAACGGGAAAAUACUUAUGUGGACAAAUCAAGACCAACCUUGACCCACUUAAUAGAAACAAAAACGAUUAAUUAGUAUAUACUAAAACAGUGGAUAGUGUUUUUCGCGCGCUCUGAUUGGCUACUCAAUCAGUGAAUAUCCUGCACUAUUCACUGAUUCACCUCCAGUUCCUCCGAGCGAGCGACGCCAAACUCGCGUAAGUUGCAAGCAAAAUGCCUUCCCGGUUUGCUGCCGUAAACAAACAAAGAAAUUUCACAACUAAUCAAGCAAGCUGUUUCCGAAAUACACGAAGAAGGUGACGAAGUUCGGAUUGGAAGUUUUAACAGGUAAAGCUUUGUCUUUUUGACACGAAUUUAUCGAUAAAACCGGUGAAAAAGUUUUUUGUUUACAAAUGCAAAUUAAGCUUAAGUCUUGCUUACUUUAUUCAGUUGAGUUGUUCAUAAAUAAGCUUAAAACUAAAUUUGAUAAUCUUUUUUUAUAGAAUGAUUUUAAACACAAAAAGAAUUCACAACUCCUUUUGAAGAAAUUUCCACGCAAGAGCUAAACAAAUGCCUUCAAAAGUUUUAGUUGUCGGCAAGAAAGAGCGACGGCCGCGGCCGCCCGGUCAUUACGCGCCAAAAUUGUAAUCGUUGGCAACAGUAUUUGAGUUAAAAAUCGUCAUUUUUGUGCUCAAUUAUCUCACUGUUUUAGUAUAUACUAAAACAAUUAUUCACCUCAGUGUCGGUGGCUAGUCGUGGAUAUUUACCUCACUGCUUCGCAGUUCGGUAAAUAUCCAGGACUAACCACCUCCACUUGGUGAAUAAUUGUUAUUUAUAAACGGACUGAAAGAUAUAAGACAAAUUAAAGUUUUCUUAGAUAUGCCAAAAAUUUAAUACCAGAUUAAGUCGUAUAUUAUUGAUUUAAAGUAAAAAAAAUAUUAAAUCAUAAUUAUUAUUGAAAUGAUAAUUUAAUAAUAAUACUUUUAUUAUUUAUUAUUAUUAAAUCUUUUCCAGAAUUUAUUCCAAGUCCAUUGAAGCCUCUUUUAAGCCUAGUUCAGUCUGCUACACACUCUUUUCCCCAAUCCCUUACAAGAAAUUAUCCUUCUCCAUCCAUUCAAUCAAUUGUAUUGGCCUUUGGCUUAAAAUUGUCUGUCAUUUUGGAAUAAGGUGCACAAAAAUUAAUCUCCUUGAACGAACGCGCGCGCGCGAAUGCGCAAAAAAUAUUCUACCACUAUUGGUGACGUUAAAGGUACGUCAGCAAUAGAACGCCAAUCAAAUGUCCACAGCUACAAACGCGGUAUGUUUGAUCACUGUUUUGAAAGCGUCUUUAUCAGUUCACUUCGAAAAGUUGUGGUGUUCGUUGCGAGUUUUUGCCCUGGUUUUUAGUAUCGCAUUUUACAACCGAAUCGUGGCUACAUGCAGUCCUUCUCAAGAAAGACAGCUUGUGCUUAAGGAAAGUAUGAACAGGAGAUUGGAUUCAUUUUUAGCGAGCCAGAAGAAACUGGACGAAAAAAACGCAACGCUUCAGCAAGAAAACGUCAAGUUGCGAACAGAACUCUCAAAACAGGAGAGACUAAACAACACCAAACGCGGCUCAAAACGUAAACGUACAGAAUCCAAAGUAGAAGUUCCUAUGGAUUUAAGGGUAGGUUUACGUACUUAUUUUAUUGCUUUGAUGUUAGAAGAAAAGCUUUUCAUCAUGAGAGAUCAGAGUUUGUGCUUAUUCUUUAGAGCUGACCGUGUGAUAGCGUGUCUUCAGAGGCGCCCACAUGCCUGUGUUGUAAAACAUCACAGAAGCCUACAAACGCACAUUGUCUUCCCCUUCGCGCCAAAUUUUAGUAUUUAAGAAGUGGGAACAUAUAUUUAUUUCACCAUUGAAUAACACGAGAUCGAUGGAGACAGUUGCUGUUGGAAGCAACCGAUAAUGAUCGAUGAUGUGGUUGAUCUCAAAACAGAAGCCAUGAACAGGGUUAUUGGUUAUAUGCUUCUGUUUCAAUUUGCAGGGUUCGUACAGUCUUGAAAAGUCCUUGAAUUUCAUUUUUUACUUGAAAUUUUAUGAAAAUCCUUGAAAAGUCCUUGAAUUUUCUUCAACUUUGAAUGUAGUGGCCUGGAAAGUGUAUUUUGAUGCUUUUUGGUUGUCCAAGACAGAAUAUGAAUCAUAGCUCAAAGGAUUUAAAGGUUAUUUACACAAAAUGCUCAAUGUUUUAUGCAAUAAUUAACUAUCAAUUUAAGACAAGUGAACUGAAAAAUGGGCAAUUCCAGAAAAUAUCCAUACCCAACCACGGACGGCUUCCAUGUUUUAACCCCCCCCUUGCCUUCGGAAAUUCCAAAAUGCGCUACCCCCCCAUGCCCUCAGAAUUCCAUAGUCGUGAACCCCCCCUCCCCUUCAGAAUUUCCGGGUUUUUUUGGAAGUACAUUUUCGACUUAGCAACGCCUAUAAGAACAAACGAACAUGAAUUUAUGCCUCCUCAAGGCUGUGAUCUAGCGGCGCCAGGUGACAAGCUUUACUCUUCAGUGACAAGAAAAACCUACGCUAGUUGCCAGGCCGUGCAAACUCCUUUUUAAGUCCGAAUUUGGCUAUAAAAAUAAACACCACUUAAGCUAAUUUUACUCCUCUUUGUUUUCUUGUGCUGUUUUGACGUUUACAAAGGAAAAUAGCUCAAACAGACUGUUAAAAUCUUUUGGCGGUCAAAUAUACCGUCGAGUCAUGUUGCGUCCUUUUAUACGUCAUGUAGUGCGCACGAAAAGCGUUCUAAUCUGACAGGCGUUCCUUGGAAGUGAGGGACUGGUGCGAGUUUUUACUGUUUAUCGGACGGUUUCGGACGGGAGUAACAAGAAAUUUGCAAGCGGUAUUAAAAGAUACAUUUUCAGUUUUUAUUCACGUGACAAGAAAUUCAUCAAGGUAAAUGUGAAACCAACGUUUUACUGUUCACUUCUAUAAGUUAUGAGCGUAAACACGUGUCUGAUCUAUCGAUGCUUGUCUUCUGCUUCCGCGGUCAUACGUUCGUGGUUUAUUUACGAACUACAAAAGUCCACAACAAUAGCGUUUUCCAGGAACUUACUCUACACUUUCUACUCCAGAAAUCCCACCUGUGGAAUUCCCCCAUACCUUCGGAUUUCAAUUCGUAAAUACCCCCCCAUGCCUUCAGAAUUCCAUAAUCGUGAAUCCCCCCUCCCCUUCGGAAAUCCUUAAAGCCGUCCGUGGUAUGGUAUGGAUAUUUUCUGGAAUCGCCCAAUGUAAAGAAGUUGGUGAAGCAAACAGUUCAAGCCUUAAAGCCUUAUUAGAAUGGACUGGGAAUGUGCAUUAACUUUAAAAGUUGUUCAUAAAAUUGGAAAUAGUCCACUGUAAAAUGUCAUAGAUAGGCUUCAGCAGUUAAAAUUGACUUAUUACAUGAAUUAGGUCUUGUUUUAACUGAGGAUAUUUUACUGAGCCUUCACUUUGAAAUUAACAUACUGUUUUUGUCACAGUUCCCAGUCAGAGGUGAACCAGGACAUCUUGUCUAAAAUAAAAGAAGUUCUAAAAAAAGAACACGGAGAAGAAAAUUGCCCAUGGACUGAUCUGCAAAUGGAAGGUUUGUUGUUACAUGAAUCAACUCUUAUUAAUAAACAAUUAAUGAAUGAGCCUGAGUAUCUUAUGAAUAAGUGUGGAGAUCAAGGAGGGUGUUAUCGGCCGAUAACUCCCUCUGAGAUCUCCAUAAUUCUUCAUAUGAUAUGAAAGCCAAAUUCAAAAAUUGUUUUAUUAUUCAUUCAAAAUAAUUCCUAGUUUAAAAAUGUAGCUAAAACAUGCUUACCUCCAUCAGUGUUAAGUUCAUCUUCUAUAGUGCACAUUUACAGUUGUUCAGCUCCGCAAAUAGCAGAUGUCGCCCUUCGAGUUGUGUUUCUGGCAUGUUUUUAGCUAUUAUUUCGCCAAGUUUUUAUUCUUGAAAGAAGUGAAAUGUCCUUAAUUUUUUGUUUUCACCACCAAAAUAACUCAACCUCUUCCCCUGGUCUUCUCGGUUAAUGGUACAUUAACCUGCAAGGAAGUAGCACUUUUGACGUCAUCAGUUGAUUAAAACGACAAUUCUUUCAAAUUUGGUCAUCAGUAGCUGGUUAUGAUGAAUUAUAGGUGUGCUUUUAGCCAAUCAGAAUCGGGGAAAUAUUUUGAAUGAAUAAUAACACUUAUUAUUAUAUAAACACCAAUGAAAUACCAGGUGAGCUUUCACUUGAAAACUUGGUAUCUUCACAUGUGAAAAUAUCACCGUUGCUAUGGCUACAUAAUAAAUCGCGCUUUUCACACCAAAUUACUUUUAAAGUGAAAUGGUUUGGUAGUUCAUUGGUGUUUAUAUUAUAAUAAAUAGAAUAUUAUAUGGCCGCUUGGAGAUACGAAAUUUCUCGUCCCUUGUUGAGAAAAUAACACUGCCUGUAGCUAAGGAAUCAAGUUCUUGUCUGUAAAAGUUAUGUCAGGGUUCUCAAUAGAUUUUUAAGUAGGAGGUGAUCACUGAUAAAGUAGGAGGCUCUUCAGCAAAGCCAGAGGUGUCAAAACAAAGCAAAGAAAAGCGACUUAAACACAAAGUAAGCGGCUAUAAAUCCCAAAGUAAGCGGCGAUCAAUCGCUGGGUGCCGCCCCCUAUUGAGAACCCUGUAUGUACACUUACAUGUACUAGUUCCUUUUCAACCCUAGGGGCAGUUGCUAAAUUUAGAUUUGAAGAAAUCUCAGCAGGUUUUUUAUAAAAUGUUGCCUACUUUAAAAUUUCUUUUUGCUAAUUAUUGGUCUUUACGUCAACAGCUCAAUUCCUUCGUUACUUCAGAAUGGUAAAGGAGAAAUGUCAAAGAAUAAAAAAAGGAAAAAAUGAAGAGCACAAGCAGAGGUGCAAAAUGAGUAGACGUCUCACAAGUGUAAGUAUAAGGAAGUUUUUUUUUCAAACAUCUGAACAUGGUCAAAUAUAAAAACUUUUUUUGAUACUUAUAAAUGCAGUGGUAUCCCAUUAAUAGGGACACCUGUAUGUACUGGACAGUUUUUCAUGUCCUCAUGAAAAACAAUGUAUAAUAUGUUUAUAAUGUCAUAUUUAUUGUCAGUGAUACAUUGUUUUUUUUUUUCUGAUCUUAACUGCAGUAUAUGGGUGAGGCCACUUUUAUCCUUAGUUAUUUUAUUUUUACUUUCUUGAACAAAUUCCAUUAUUACAAACAUGAAUUCGGGGUUCUCAUUAAUUUUUUAAGUAGACAGCUAGGAUGUUAAAGUAGGCGGCUUGGUAAGUAACUGAGUGCUGUAGGAAAUUUCAGGCGUUCACUCUCUAACUUUACUCUAUUUCCCCAAAAAGUAGACGGCUCAAACCUCCAAGUAGCCGGUUUUUUAGCCAGCUGCCGGCACUUAAUGAGAACCCUGUGAAUUGAUAGAUUAUAUUUAUUAUUGAAGGACUGCAACACCAUUAUUUAGUUUGAUUUUUGUCCUUCUUUAUGUUUUUAUUCGAAGCUGGACAGGCGAUGUGGGGCUUUUGAGCUUAUAGGAGAAUCCUUAUCCUCAAGCCAGAAGCAGCUUGCCCCAGAGGUGCUCUAUGUCGAGUACAUGAGCAGUGAGGAGUCUGCCUAUGAAGAUGAGGAAGAUCCCAUCACUGGUGAAGUAACACAGAAACUAAAAGGUUAUUUAACCAAGAAGCUCUCUUGGGAGAGAACAGCCCUGACAAACUUAAAAGCAAGCUUGACAGAGCCCAUUAUGGAAGCCUCACCCCUCAUGACAAAGCAUUGGCAAAGCCAAGGUUUGAGGGUGAUAUAUCAAAGAGACCAGCACCCGAUGGUCCAUCAUGGGCCGUGAGACAGGCCAUUGCUCAAUAAUAGGCUUUCUUAUCUCAACUCAAAUUUUGCAUAAACCAGCAUUGAGUAACCUGGUCCUUAGUAAAAUAUGGCUAUUUAUUUAAAAUUUAAGUCAGUGAGUGGAACCUUGUUUAUACAGACUCAGCAAGACUGGCCGCAAUAAAUAUUUAAAUGGAAAAAAAGGAGUGUGGAUGAUAAAAAAAUUGUUAUCUACGAGGUUGACUUUCAAAAAUGCCAUCUACAUUGGCUUUCUUAAUAGGGUAGCUUAUAUGAUGAACAACACAUAUAAGUACUAACUUUGAUUUUCAAAAAGAAAGAGACUUCAAGAAAGAAAAUCAGGCUUGAGUUUGUAAUAUUCAUUAAUUUGAGAAAUCUGGGAUCAGAAGAAUGGGAUAACCGAAAAGUUUGUUUGAGAUAUUAAUCAAGGUUCAACUGAUAUUUGGUUAAUUGUAGAAAACAAGCUGCAAGCUGUAGUCAUUGAUUACACUUAAACUUUUCCAAAUUCUCAAGCUCUCAAUAAUAAUUAUUUAAUACAUAUUGUGUAAAUGUUAUAUGUCAGAUUUUUGCUGUUUACAAAUUUUUUAGUAGCAUUAUUGAUAAAUGUACAUUUAGCUCUUUUGCACUCAAUCCACAGUUCAGCUAUUUCAUAAGCUUUGUUUCCUUUGGCAAGCGUUAAUAGCCCACCAAACAAAACUAUGAGGCAUUUGCUUUUUUUUGUUGGUGUUUCCUUAAAUGGAUUUAGAUAUCUUUUUAAUAUAAGAAACAGGCAUUUUUGUCUGGACUUUAUUUUAGAAUUAUAAAAUCAACUCUCUAUAAGACAGACACCUUUGGGACUGGCAUUACUAACUAGCUGUCUGUCGAAUAAAGAGAGUAGAGAAGCAGGGACCAACUCUAGAUGUCCGUCUUACCGAGGUGUUUGUCUUGUAAAGGUGUCCGGUACUACCAGAAGAAAUGAACAGUUUUGAACCAUAAGAAAUGUAUUGGAGACGGUAGUUUUACCAAUUACAAUUCUUUAUGCUGUCGUUAUUAGUGUUAAAUAUAUUUAGACUUCUGUUUUACUGUUUUCUUAAAAUUAUGUGCACUUUGUAUUUUCAAAGGCCAAUGAAUUUCGUUUUAGUAAUUUUUUGAAAAAGAAUUGUAACCAUCUCUAUUAAAUAAAAUAAAGUGAGUUGAAAGCGGAAAAAAACUGCUUGUCUUCAUUGUGUAGGGAAAGGGAUUGACUUAAAAGGGAUAGAUUAAUUUCAUUUUUCCAAAAGGAUUUUGAAAACUACUUAACUUUUCAGGAGCAGUAACUCGUAAAAUAGUACCAGACAAAAUGAUCAGGGCCGUACCAUUCUUGAGCCCACUGGAACCAACCGAUUAGUUUAAACUGUAGUUUCUGAAGUCCAAUUAACAAUUCAAGUUCGAGUCCUUUGACUUUAAAAAUCAAGUUUUGGGCAAAUUUAAGAUUGAUUAUUUUUAGCUAAAACCUUGAGUUUAGGCUUCGUUUAAGUAUGGUUUUAUAGUACGCUUCUGCUUAAACUAAAAGUUUCAAGCACAUUUAAGCUUGAUUUAAUGCAACCAAAACAAGGCGUUUCACACAAUUAAACAGUUGAUUAAACCUACCUUAAACUUUAGCCUUAAAGCUGCUUUAAGCUGGGUUUACGUUAAAUUAAAAUUUGGGUUUAAGGAACUUAAACGUCCACUUAAACUUAUUAAACCCAAGUUUAAGACAAGAUUAAUUCGUGUUUAAGAACACUUAAAUUUUAUUUUUCUUCUUGUGCCGGAAACGGCGCCGGCUUUGAGAAAGUAAGGAUGGGCGAAAACGGUUCGAAUACGCUACGUGAAUACGCGUAUUUUUUGUCGAAAACGGAGAAAAAAAAUAAGUGUGGACGAGGCCUCAGUCAAAUUAAGACGAGCCCUCCAGGAGUUGAAUUCGUAAUAAAUAUAUUCAAGUUCAACAAACUGAACAAAAGAGAAAGUUGUCGUCGGUUUUUUACUUUGUCGAUGUGAGGGUGAAAUUUGGCAAUUUCACGUCGUAGAGGUGCAGUGCCAACAAAGAGAUACACCAAAACGUGUGCUGCACUUGGCAAAGUUGUUGUUUUGCUAAUCUAAGCCCAUUGCGUUUUUGACGUUUUCGUUGCCGUCAGCGUCGUCGACAUCUUAAUCUGCCUAAUAGCAUCAUUUCCACCCCAUAGAAGACACUGGGGGUUUCUUAGUUGUAAAUAUUUGAGUUGGUUAGUGAGAAAAUUAUGAUUGGUAUGAAAAUGAUGUUAUUUGUCGAUUAAAGUAAUAUUUCAACCGCUUGUAGGAGUUAUGAGUGCUAGUGAAAAUGGUACUCAUAACCACGGUAUUUAGUAUGGUUGACUCGCUAUUUGACGUUACUUCAAUCGCUCUUUUUUUGGAUGCUUUAGUUAGACUAUUAAUAGAUCGCAAUUGAAAACGGCCACCACUGAUGGCAGCUAUUUUAUAGAAAUGUAAACAAAAAGAGAAAGAGCAAUCAAGUCUCUUCUUUGUUCUUAGUCAGAAACUCAUAAGGGGUAUAUCGGUCUAAUAAGCUCCUGAAGUCAAGGUAGAUAAAUCUAACAACAGUUGUACAAGCAGCUGUGGCCGGCAGAAAUUAAGAUUGGGUUAAUUACUAAAACCUUUCCUUCGAAUCUAUUUGUGUUUUUAAUCAAAGAUUUAUAUUUUGUUUUUUGUCGUCAUAUUGUCUGAUUGUCAUCUUUGGAUAUAAUGGCUGAAUGAACAACGACAAAGAAAACUGUCUUCUUACCUGUCGACUGUUUAAAAAGCCGAUGGGUGAGGAGUUAUUUUGGCCUCAAACGUCUGCUCGAUAUCACGCCAGGAAAGCUUAGGCGCAGUUUCUCAGGCUUAAUAAACUAUCAAGAGUUACCAAGACUUCUACGAUUUGGAGGUAACAGUAGAUACAUUUGACCCAAAGGCAAGUUAAUGUGCAUAACCUAUGCUAAUAACCUAUGCUACAUCAGAUUAGAGGGGAGCAGGAACGUCAUAUUUAAGUUACAACGAAUGCGAAGCCACUGAGCUCAAACAAGGAAGUGAACUCUAUUUUUUGUAUUUACGCUUCCAAUAUAAGCAUACCAUGGCUAAACAAGAAACAAUCGUGCAAAUCUUUUUAAGCUGAACUUGCUUACUAGUUCGCAAUACUGAAUGGUUAGGUUUGUUGCGAUGAGCGUUUCUACUUCCUGACCAUAGAACUGCGACGGUCUUGUCGUAUUGAGUUUAUGGUUAAAGGCCAAACUCUAUACUAGAAACUAGUAGAUCAAAGACAACCGGCCUCAAAUGAUUUGACAUAGAGGAUUUACGCUACGAUCAAUUUUCUAAGUUUCUUAGUGAGUUACUAUUUCAUUUUUAAAAAAUCUGAAAAACUUAUUAAAACCUGCGAUUUAGGAAUGAGUAAGCAAUAUCGUUAUCAAGGCCGAACAGGUAUUCUUAAACAAAGUUUAUGUGGUGUGCGCUGGUAACAUAAUUCGAAUAGCUCUUUAGCGACGCUGCCAACAUGCAUGAGUAAAUUGCUGCGCGACAACUAGCCACUAAUAUAUAGAUUUAGCCACAGCUAAAAGCGAAGCUCCCAUUGAUAAAUUUAUAACUUAAGUCAAACAAUAAUUUUGUAUUCCACAAAUCAGUUAACUUAAGGGCACAUUCAUGUGACUUCUGAGGGAAAAGCUAAGUGAUUUUGGAGUGAAACAAACCUUGUAUCGAGUUGACAUAGCCUUAUAUGUACAGACAAAAAAUAGUCCGGUCAAACAACAGCGGCUAUGGCGACCGAAUUGUGGCAACAGCUCCCUACCCAUAUAAAAGACCUUUCAACUUAUAACUUUCCUAAAACAUUAAAAGAAUACUUGUUGGCCGAACAAUUAACUUACUGAAAUUAUUUUAUUUUAAUCAUAUCGUCAUGUACUAUGAUGACUGUUUUCUCUUCUUUUUUUUGCCAUCUAUGUGCUUUCUUUUUUUUUUUUAUGGUGUGUGUCUUAAGAUGUUUUGUAUGUCUAGUUAUUGUGAUGUCCUGUACAUUCGACACUACUUUCAAAGAACUAGUUGCUAGCUCGAAAACCUUACGGUUAUCUAGCCGCUAGGCAUUUCCUUCUAUGUAAUAAUAUUUAGUUUAAAUUGUAAUUGAAUAUUCUACGUGUUAAGUUACUAAUUAUUCAAUAAGUUUGACAAACCCUGUAAUGGAAAUGUGAAUAAAGUGUUGUUGUUGUUGUUGUUGUAUUUAUGACCAAUAAUAGCUCUUGAUCACAGUAGAUAAGGCGUGGAAAACAAGUUCUUGGAAAACAAAUCAGGCCGAAUUUUUUGCGUUCGACAAGUUUACAAAUUCUUGCCAAUAAAUCUGGGUGCGUGCAAACCAUUCUUUUAUUUAUUUAUUUAUUUAUUUAUUUUAUACACCACAUCUGAGGAGAAAGAGUACUAUGAGGCGCUUUUUCUAUCCUACAGACCUGGUACAAAAUGCAAUAUUACACAAUUUUUCAAGACAAAUUGCAUCCAUUCAAUACUCAGGAUUAUCGAAGCAAGCGUGGACUUUUAAUCAGAGAAACCGUUCAAAAAAUUUCCAAAAUCACCUCUACGGCCAGCCGGUUCUAACUUUUAACGCCAAAUUUGCGAAGAAAUUUUAAAAGAGUUACGCUUCAACGGGAUAAAGAAUUUAUUGAGUCUAUUUUUUCUUAAUGGUUUUAUAACGAUGUGUAAUCUUAAAAAGCGUUUGAUACGCUCGGCAUUUUGAUUACUCCUGCAAGCGAUGUUUAUGACCGCCUGAAAACAAACGGCAAAGCGAUGAAAAUUACACUUUUGAGAUUACUAACAAUCAAUAAAGAAAUAUAAUUCGGUAGAACAUUUACAGAGACAACAAUUUUCAUUCACGAAAACAAAUGAGUAUUUAAGUGUCUCUAAAAAUCCUCAAGUCUUUACUAGUAAGCUUGAAGAUUAAGUUUAUGUUUUAAGCCGCCGGUUUCCCGGUGUUUGCUUUUUUUAAAGAUGAACUCACGACAAGAAAAUCGCUCAAAGCUUUCUUUCUAAAGCCAAAAUUAUAACUAAAUAUUCUUCGGAAAGUAUUUUCUUUCUAUUUACGGUGAAUUAAUAUCGGCUAAAGGCUUUUUAAAGUUUUGUAAGCUUAAGCUUAUAUCAAACCUCAUACUAGGUCAGAUCAGUGUCUCAGUCAAAUCUUAUACAAACGUGCAUAAACUAGCUUCAUAAACUGCGCCGCUGGACUUCAUGAAAUUAGAUAUAAAUACAAUAAUUACUCAGGCUUACCAUAUUUCGAGAUGCAGCUCCUGAAAGCUAUCAAGUAAGGCAAGGAUCGCUUGAACCUUUAUAUUUCUCGUACGCAUCCAGCAAGGUGAAAAACAAAAACGAUGCCAUCCGAAAUCGGAUUAUCGGCUUUGACAAGCGACGCAUUUCUCAACCAAAAACCCAAUAAACAAACCAGCCAUGAAUAAGAGAACACUCUUGAUAGCAGCUGUAUUUCAUUUUUUACAUCCAGUGGAAAAAGACAGUUAAAAACAUCACAAGUUGACUCAAAACUCUGUUAGCUUCAGCUGUCAAAGUAAACAACUUUCAAGAUGCUGCAUAAAUUUUACGCAUGAACUCACCUGUCAAAUUUUAACCAAUCAGAGCAUAAAAAUUGGACGUGGAGCGUGACCAACACGUGACCAUGGUUAGAAAAGGUCUUAACCGCCUGUAUUUAAAAAAAACUGGCUGAAUUUUUGCGUCUGAGGUCAGUUUGAAAUCAAAAUCGUAAUAGUGCGGGGCGAUACUGACAGAAACAGAACAUAUUUGAUAUGAAUUUUAAAAAAUAAGCAAACGUGAGCCUGCGAUCAUUUGAAAACGAGUAAACUGUCAGCGGAUAACUUCAAAAAUACUCGACCUUAAUGGGUCGACACCUGAGCCCGCGAUACGAUCAGGUGAUACUGGUCAGCGGAUACCCUGUUUUGACAGCUGUCAAUUGAUGACGAGAUUGAUGUGCAAUCAGCUUUCUCCUGGGCUCCCAAAGUAGCUAGAAAGUGUGAGAGUAAACAUUGGUAUGCCUGUGGUGCGGACGGACGGGCAGCGGACGGACGGGCAGCGGACGGGCAGCGGGCGGGCGGGUGGGCGGGCGGGCGGGCGGUGUACGGUCACGUGAUUACCAAAUUUUCUGGGAUGGGUAGUUUUCUUUACCCAUGGUGCUCCGCAGGCGCGCUUCGCGCGCCAGAGCUCCGCUAUUGCAUGUUUUGUCCGGACAAAAUUAGCCCAUUAACGAAAUACCUUUCUGAUACUGGUCUUUCCUAAAUCAACCCUAGAUUAAAAAAUUCAGUAUUCUCCUUCAGAAAGAUAUCCUUUUUUGCUUUGGUUAACGUGGCCUGCUGCUGCUGUCGUAUUUUAGUAAAAUUCAAUUAGUGGCAUGGUCUGUUAUCAAUGCUGCGUUCUGAUUGGUUGAGCUACUACUAGGCUAUAUGUUAUAGCCCACUAGUAGCGAAAAGCGCGGGCUUUUUGGCGGCAAAAAAGGAUUUAAAUCUAGCUUUAACUAGCUAAUUUUUUUUCAUUCUCGAUAUUUUUGACCAACUAAUUGGAUUUUACUAAAACAAUUAUUCCUCUCGCCCGCAUUGCUUCUGAGUCAAUAGCCCAUUCGGCCAAUGGUUGGGCUAUUGACUCAGAGCCCAUUCAGGCUCGAGGAAUAAUUGUUAAAUAUUAUGACUAUGAGCAUAGUCAUUUUUGCAUUACCCCCUCUUUAACUUGAACGUAAUUGGAGGUUUCUAUUUGAGAAUUUGCGGCCACACGUUUCUUUAUUACACCGUUUCAGUUCCUUAAAUUAUUAAAACAUCAAAAAUUAAGUACCUUGUUAACACACCUAACAGGCCAGUUUCAAGUUAUUAAAAUGCAAUUGUUAAAAUUUUAAUAUUUUUCUAAUUAUUAAAAUCACACUAAGAUUCAGGGAUGAAUAAUUAAUUUCUUUUGCGUUUUUUUUUCCUCAUCAGCCCUGGAGCCCAGUAUGAAUAUUGAUAAUUCGAAACUAGCUAGUUAGCGGCCACACGUACUCUUAUUACAUGUAUUAAGACCUAUUAUUAUUCAUCCAAAAUAUAUCCCCGACUCUGAUUGGCUAAAAGCAAACGUUUAAUUCACAAUAACCAGUUACUGAUGACCAAAUUUGGAAGAAUUUUGUGUUUAACGAGGAAAUGACGUCAAAAAUGCAGCGUUCGUGCAGGUUAAGGCACCGUUAACCGAGAAGACCUGGGGACGAGGUUGAGUUGUUUUGGUUGUGAAAACAAAAAUGGCGGUCAUUUCAUUCGUUUCAAGAGUAAGAACUAGGCGAAAAAAUAGCUAAAAACAUGGCAAGAACAGCAAGAAGACAACUCGAAGGGCGACAUCUGCUAUUUGCAGAAUAUUUGUGGAGCUGGACAAACCUAAACGUGCACUAUCGAAGAUGAACUUAACAUCGAUGGAUCGAUGGAGGUAAGCAUGUCUUAGCCAUGUUUUUAAACUAGGAAUUAUUUUGAAUGAAUAAUAAAACAAUUAUUGAAUUCGGCUUUCGUAUCAUAGGAAAGAAUUAUGGUGAUCUCAGAGGGUGUUAUCCGCUUCGGCCUACGGCCUCGACGGAUAACACCCUCCUCGAUCUCCAUAUUUCUUCAUAAGAUACUCAGCCUCAUUCAUUAAUUGUUAAUUAUGUCUAGAUAAUAAAGGAUUAAAUUAACUGCAAAAACCGUGGACGAAGAUCCUGCUAGUUGUAAACGUUGGAUCUCUAGAAAAGAGAUCAAAUCAGCCAAAAUAUAAAGAACCAAGAACGAGAGGUCCAAACACUACUGCAAAGCUGAUUUAAAACAACGUGUAUUGUUUUUUAUAACAAUAUUUCGGCUGGCCAUACCAGCCUUCCCCAGGUUUACAGAUGUUACUGAACUUAUGUAGCAGUCACAAUAUUAUAUAUGUACAACAUAAAAACUGGAAAGGAAAAUACUAAGGAUAUGGAUUACAAUAAUUCGUCACGGCGGUUUAGGCCACGAGGUUCAAGAGUCAUGGCCUUAUCUAUCAAAUGCGACUCCCUGGUCUUUCGAACUGAGUCAAGUGAAGAAUGAAUUUUCUCUAGUGGGAUUAACUGCACGUCAGUAUGAGAACAUUACAGAAACGCGCCCAUUCAAAAACGUCGAUCGUGAAAAUGCAAAUAAGUGAAAAAUGACGUUAAUUUAGUGUCAAUCAAGAAAUCCCCUGGGUAUAUCCCUUUCCUGGUUAUUGUUCCUGCUCAGACAUCCGCAACAUUUGCCUAUUCUUCGAUGAAGAAUAGAAAUUUACGCGACUAACAAUAGCUCAGUCUGUUUAAAAACUGUCUAAAUUUACUCCGAAGUAGCAUGUGACUUUUUGCUGUUAACUGUUUUGCCAUCAAAACGAUUCGCACGAGACUACCGAAUUCGCGAGGGUUUUAUGUUAGUGCACGAGAAAGAAAAAUGCUUCUCUUUGCAUAAACUUGAAGCACUGACAAAGACAUUCCAACACUCAAAACAAUGGCAACCUACUUCUAUUGUUUCUGCAUUGUCUCUAACCAGUGGUUAGAGUGAGAGAGAACGUCUUCAGAAACAGUAGUGGGAUCUCGACCCCCCGCAAAGAUAAAGCUUUUUUUUUUUUUUCCUAUGGCCAUGUAUUUUAAUUCUAAAAGUUGCAAAAAAACUUUUGAGAAACUUUCUUUUGAGGCAUUGAAUUAAUCAGGGUUGAAUUGAUGUAGUCACUUAAAACUUGACGUCAUAAUGAUAUUCAAAAAGAAAUUCAAAAUGAGGUAGGAAUGGUUGAUUACAACUAAUUUUGAACCAUGUGUAAAUAUUUGUUUUACCGUACUAUUUUUUUCCGUGGCCGGAACGGAGAGAAUUUUUAAUUACUUAAAAAGAUAUUAACAGGUGAAAAAUGUCACGUGACCUUUUUUGCUUAAUUACUAAUUAAAUAAAAACGUGAGUCAACCAUAGUGGCCAGAUUCAAGCGAGAAACGAUGAUACAAUGACAAAAAUACUGUAUUUAAUAUAUGCUGAGUGGCAUCUCGCCACCCCAUUUUCAGUUUUCUUUUCUUUCCUGGACUCGACCAUAAGUGGUCACGUGACACAGAUAUUUGAUUUCUUACGUUACAGGAAAAUUAAGGUUACCGAUUUUUUCGAGGUUGCCAAAUUCUGGAAGGUUCUGAUAAAUUUUCACAAAGUUAUGAUCAUUAUAAGAUUUUAUGCAAAUUAGCCUCAGGCCACGCCUUAGUAUACUUGAGUGUACUUAGUCAGAAUUUCGUAAGGGGUAUAUCGGUCUAAUAAGCUCCUGAAGUCAAGGCAGUUUAACCUAACAACAGUUGUACAAGCAGCUGUGGCCGGCAGAAAUUAAGAUUGGGUUAAUUACUAAAACCUUUCCUUCGAAUCUAUUUGUGUUUUUAAUCAAAGAUUUAUAUUUUGUUUUUUGUCGUCAUAUUGUCUGAUUGUCAUCUUUGGAUAUAAUGACUGAAUGAACAACGACAAAGAAAACUUUCUUCUUACCUGUGGACUGUUUAAAAAGCCGAUGGGUGAGGAGUUAUUUUGGCGUCAAACGUCUGCUCGAUAUCACGCUAGGAAAGCUUAGGCGCAGCUUCUCAGGCUUAUUAAACUUUCAAGAGUUACCAAGAUUUCUACGAUUUGGAGGUAACAGUAGAUAUAUUUGACCAAAAGGCAAGUUAAUGUGCAUAACCUAUGUUACAUCAGAUUAUAGAGGGAAGCAGAAACGUCAUAUUUAAGUUACAAUGAAUGCGAAGCCACUGAGCGCAAACAAGGAAAUGAACUCUAUUUUUCGUAUUUACGUUUCCAAUAUGAGCAUACCAUGGCUAAACAAGAAACAAUCGUGCAAAUCAUUUAAGGCUGAACUUGCUUACUAGUUUGCAAUACUGAAUGGUUAGGUUUGUUGCGAUGAGCGUUUCUACUUCCUGACCAUAGAACUGCGACGGUCUUGUCGUAUUGAGUUUAUGGUUAAAGGCCAAACUCUAUACUAGAAACUAGUAGAUCGUAGACAACCGGCCUCAAAUGAUUUGACAGAGGAUUUACGCUACGAUCAAUUUUCUAAGUUUCUUAGUGAGUUACUAUUUCAUUUUUAAAAAAUCUAAAAAGCUUAUUAAAAUCUGGAAUUUAGGAAUGAGUUAGCAAUAUUGUUAUCAAGGCCGAGCAGGCAUUCUUAAACAAAGUUUAUGUGGUGUCCGCUGGUAACAUAUUUCUUAUAGCUCUUUCGCGACGUUGCCAACAUGCAUGAGUAAAUUGCUGCGCGACAACUAGCGACUAUUACAUAUUUUGUCCGGAUAAAAUUAGCCCAUUAACGAAAUACCUUUCUGAUACUGGUCUUUCCUAAAUCAACCCUAGAUUAGAAAAAUUCAGUACUCCCCUUCAGAAAGAUAUCCUUUUCAGCUUUGGUUAACGUAGCCUGCUGCUGUCAUAUUAUAUUAUGACUAUGAACAUAGUCAUUUUUGCAUGAUCCCCUCUUUAACUUGAACGCAAUUGGAGGUUUCUAUUUGAGAAUUUGCGGCCACACGUUUCUUCAUUACACCAUUUCAGUUCUUGAAAUUAUCAAAACAUCAAUAAUUAAGUACCUUGUUAACACACCUAACAAGCCAGUUUCAAUUUAUUAAAAUGCAAUUGUAAAAAUUUUAAUACUUUUCUAAUUAUUAAAAUCACAUUAUUAAGAUUCAGGGGUGAAUAAUUACUUUCUUUUGUUAUUUUUUUUACUCAUUAGCCUUGGAGCCCAGUAUAAAUUUUGAUAAUUCGAAACUAGCUAGUUAGCUGCCCCACGUACUGUUAUUACAUAUUUUAAGACUUAUUAAGUCUAACCACCCAAAAUGCGAACUCUCUCCUCCGCAGGGGCUCCCGCUGGCUUUGCCAAUAAAAAUAGCAGUAAUCAAAAAAUACUAACGCGCGUCCUAACCCUAACCCAAAGCCUCUCUUCUCUCUUUCCCCUUCCCAUCAUGCCCCGCGCGCUCUCUCUUUCUUUCUCCCCUGCCUCGCUCGCUACAACACAAAAGAGGCCUCCGCGGAGGAAAGAGAAUUGCGGUCGUCAACGGUCAGGAUACUCCUAAAUUUUCCGUAAUUCUGUUUUAAACCUGAUUUCAAGUUUCCAUAAAAUUUCCGUGACAACAACUUCUAAUUUAUGUGAAAAUGAAAUGAUCAGCAUGUCACUAGCGUGAGGCAAAGAAAAAAAAAAUCGGAGUCUUCCCCGACAGGAUUCGAACCUAUGACCUCACAAAUACCGGGCGGGCGCUCUAUCCACUUGAGCUACGGAGAACUCAAGGAGAGAGAGGCCAAUUAUACUAGGCUCAUAUUUGACACGUGUCCUGCAUACUGCAUAACUUCUAAUUUAGUUACAGCAUAAUUAUUGGAACCAUAUCUUGAAAAAAUUCUAUUUUUCCUUUUGUAUUAUUGAAUUGUUGUCUACUCAGGUAUGGAUAAAAGGCAGUGGGCUCGUGGUUUGUUUCCAUUCUUAAGUAAGUCAUGAGCAAUCGAAGGUGAAAUGCUGAAAGUUCAGGGACACCCAACGAUGGUUUGCUCCUAAAACCAUUUUUAAGUGUUUUAAAAAACACUUUUUAGAGUAUCCAGAGUAUUUUAAGAACUCUAUAGAUAUGCAUUCUGAGAGACGCUAUAAAAUUUGUAUCUACUUGGUCAUUCUAAGGAAAUAGGCCCUUUGCAGCUAGCCAUUCACAUGGUACAAAACCGCUGUUCUGGAGAGCAGAAGUGGCACUUAGACGCGACAAAAAAAGAAAAUUACCAUUUAAAAGUAUGUAUGUCUUUUGUUUGUCAUGUCCCAGUUCGACUUUUGCUCUCCAGCGUGGCGGCUUUUUACCACGUGAAUGGUUAGCUGCAAAGGGCCUAUUUGAGUCUUCUCGAAAUUUCAAUGACUUCAGGGUUCAGUUUCCGGAAAAUUUAAGAUGCAGUUUAAAGUUUUACGAAAGUGAGAGUUAUACUGGUUCCUUUCUCCAUUACAUUUUCGAAUCCAAAAACUUUCGGUUUCCUUUAUCUACGGCAAAUAACUUAACCUGGGAAAUGAAAUGCGAAGAAUUAAUUUCAGAAAAUCAUAGGGGAUUUACUAGAAUGAGAUAAGCUUCGAAAAUUGUACGUUAAUGGAACGGUCAUCUAGAAAUUUUUAGUCAUCUUCAAGCUAUAGAAAAGUCCAUACAAUUUUUGCUUUUCCAAACAGCUAUUUUACAGAAAACAGUCGUUGGGUGCCCCAGGACAAGACAGGACAAUACAACAAAGACAAGAAAGACAAGCCUAAACAAGAGAACUGACGACAACGUAGAGUUACCGAAGCUAGUACCGUAGUAAUCCUCAUUCUUUUAUAGGGUCUAAUAACAGUUGUAAAGAUAGGGAAUUUAAAAUCAGAGUCAAUUCUUUGUAUGUUCCAACUCGCACAGAAAUAUUUUGUUACUUUACUUUUACGGACAACAGUUUUCGUGUACAAUUAACUACUCUCAAGACGGACACCAGUCAGUGGUGGAUCCAGGGAAGAGGCCCCCGGGGUCCGCCCCUCCCCCCCUUACUUUUAGACCAAACUGAGGUGCGAAGGUCCGAAAAAACUUUUUGUUAAGUCCGGGCUACUCCCUUAUCUCAGAGUCUGGAUGACCGUCCCCCUCCCUUAUCUGAAGGUCUGGAUCCGCCACUGCACCCACAUACAAACAGUAUCAAAAAAUUAUGUCUACUGUCUUCAGCUUCCCUAGUGUUGAUGACAUCUGCCUCAGGGUUAUCAUCAGAUCAUGCAAACAGCAAGUCGACGGGUGUUUUGAAUGCAGCAGUGAAUUCAAAUGUGGCAAGCCAAAAUACAGCCGCUGUACAUUCAUCGUCUUCUCUGUCGAUGUCAUCCUCAAAAGAUUUUCAUUCAAGUAGAUUGGCCAUAAGUAGUUCGCCAUUUGAGGUACUGAGCGCUGGUAUGGCAAACAGGCAAACUAUAACCCCCUUAACGUUGGUCUCGUCUGUGCUGGUGACGUCAUCAGUUCUUGUGUCAACAUCAGUUGUUCCUUCAAACCCUCUAUCCAGAAGUGAUUCAUCGUCUGUCGCCACAAUGAGUUCGAAUCUGAUCACAGAACAAGGUACAUCCGCAGUGACCUCAGUAUCUUCCUUGCUGUUGUCAUCAUCAACUAUUUCUGCAAGCAGCUUGCAACAAAGCCAUUUGACAGCUGUUGUAGUGGGCACUACUCUGGCAAUAGGUAAAAGCGCGCCUGAAACACUCUCACCGUCUUCUAUGCUGCUUGCAUCUUCAACGGUGGUGUCGCAACAGUCAGGUACGUUAUUUUCAGAUCAUCUCAUUGAGAUACAACGAACAUUAUAGUCGAACCUCCACGUGCGACCAUCUCUGUUGUAAGCAACAUCCUCCUCUAAGCGACCAUGUAUCUAAACUACAAAAAGUUCCUCAGUGAGAACCCUAUAAAUAGAAGCUCUCGAAAACGACUAUCUCUUAUAAACGACAGCGACCACCUUUUGACUGCAUGGUUUAAUAGUUUUCCGUUGUUUUUGACCCCUUGUAAGCAACCAUUUGACGCUCCACCACUCUAUGUUCGCUGUAUUUACCACGCCACUCAGAGUAUAUGAAGAAAUUCCAUGAACAACAUGGAACAACACGUAUACGUAACUUAAAUAUUGUAUGCAAAUGAUCUUAUUCACGAUGCCCGCUAUCUUUGCACGCGCUUAAGGACUGAUGAGAUAAAAAGCGAUGUCACGAAGUUUCUCAGGGGGCAAACAAGUGAUAAAUUUUUCCAAGACAAUAAAUCACAGUCAAGUUACUUUUUUAAUGGAGUAGCGACCGAAGAUGUCAUCGAAGCAAGCAAUAAGGACGUUAAUUUUGUCGAAAGUCAAACCGUACAUUUUGCAUGACUGAAUCGAUCGUUGUUUCGUUUCGAGAGAAUAAACAAAGUUGAAGUCGAUUUCUCGCAAUGGCAAAUUUUAUCGUUUGUUUGCCCCCUGAAGUACCAAUGGAUAUUUGCUUUUAUCCCAUUAAUGCUAAAGUGCGUGCAAAGAUGGUGGGUAUCGUCGUGAAUAAGAUCCAUUGACUCCCUUUUCUUCCAAAAAGGAAGAUGUAUAAACCUAUUCUCAAACGACCCCCCCCGUGGUUUAAUGCUCGUUUACUAAUAAUAAGUUUAACAGCAUCUUUACCAGGCAGAAUACAAUCUGCGCCCAAUUUCUUGCUACAGGAAGAUAAUCUGCAUCUUGAAUAAUUUGGGCCAGUGUUACAACCAAUAAAGCUACAUCUCGCUGAACCGAUAUGGCUGAUUUUUUUCAAGUAUUUCUUCAGGCAGACGAGUCAGAUUUUGCGUCAUCUGCCUCAGAAAGAAUAGAAUGCUUUACAGCAAUGAGGGAUCUCAAUACAUUUUGUCCAAAAAUUGAGAGAAUUGUAAACUUUUGAAAGAGAAAAUUUCUGAGGACGAGGUUAAGAUGAAAACUUCGUUCACAUGACACAGGACAAAUCAAGGACAAAUUUUCGACCGGUCGAAUAUUCGUGCGUUUAGGAGAUCUGUUAACAGAACCGGUAAAAAAUUUGAACGCCACAACCUAGGUCAAAUUUUUAGCCGGUGCGGCCGAAAAUUUGACCAGCGCGGUCUGAGAACCAUAACCGUUUAAAUUAUUCUACGAAAGAAUUUGACCAUCCGUGUGAACACCAUAAGCGUCUAAAUAUUUUUUAGGCAAACGCGUGGAUGCAAGAUUCAAGUUGCUUCGUCAGUUCCAUGUGAACCAAGCAGAAACACUGAACGGUUCUGUGUGAACAAAGUGAUUGGCUGUCACCUCAAAUUAGGUCUCCAAAUAACGUAAACUGGCUUCAUGGUUUCUGAUCAGAUGAUAUGUAGAACGCCUUACUUAAAUAUAUGCGUUUAAAGGUUAAAAACAGUACGUUUUCUGUUCGCAGCUUGUAUCUCCGGCGAAAAUCUGGACGGUUUUAGUGGAUUCUUUUCAAGUCCAAAUUUUCCAAGUAACUACCCUCAAUACAGCAAAUGUACCUGGAAUAUCACAGUUCCCAGUGGCUACAUCAUUAAACUUAGCUUCCUCUACUUUCGAUUGGAGCCC